AUGCCUCCAAGAACAAAGAGAAAUAGCAGCAAUAUUACAAGUACAUCACGAAAACCUUCUUUAUUGGAGGAAACACAAAACCUUGUAACUUCCUUUCUGUUAGAUAAUAAUGUAGCAGGGCUCGACAGAAUAGAAGACGCAAUAACACUACAAGAAUUUAUUAGUAACUUUCCUCGGAAGCAUAGAACAAAUCCGAAGGUUAAACUUUUAUAUAAAGAAUUUUGCGCGUUUCGAAAAGGACUAUCGACCAAAGUUCAAGAGAAUAUCAAAAUUCAUUUUGAUAAUAAAAGAGAGGAUGAACCAAUGGACUUGGAUGAUGAAGAAUUCAGAGAGAAUAUCAAUGAGGAAGAGACAAUAGGAGAACUAUCGAAAGAAUCCUUUGAAGAUGUAGAAGAUCAGGAGGAAGAAGAUGUGGGCGUGCGGUUAAUAUCGUUACCUGAUGCUGUGAAAUUAUUAUGUAAGGCUGAGAAAGAUUUAGAAAGUGAGUUGGAUAGAAUGGAACGUGAGUGUGAUCAAUUUAUAAAGGAUAUCGAAAGGAUCAAUGGUAAUAUGUCAGAUCUAAUAUACAGCAAAGUUGGACCAGAAGGAAUUGGCGAAAAGCAAGCGACUAAUGAAUUACAGGAUUUUAUAAAACAAUGUGAUCAAAUAAUUCAGUCCACUUCUAUUAAAACUUCCAAAUAA